CAAGUCAGCUGAUCAAAACACGGAAGUGUUUUCAGCUGUGCAGCUUUUGGAGGAGUGAGUGGAGAAUGUGAGGAGCAGAGGAUCAGCUUACAUGUGGAAAACCUUUUUGUUCAUUUUGAAAGGGUUUUCAUCAAAGUUUAACGGUUAAAAGCGACGCUGGAGCGGAACCGGUGAGUUCGGACGGACUUGGGAUUUUUUCUGGUAUCAAACGCAGUUCAUAUCUGAUGACGACGAUGAAGGUGUUUCGCUGUCCUGGUCGCCAUGGUUACGCCGUGGAGGCUUCGCCAUUCCUCCCGAACCGACUGGCCUGCGCGGCGUCCCAGUACUACGGAAUAACUGGUUCUGGAUCUCUGUUUGUUCUGGAUCAGACUGAAACUGGAAUUGUUUUAGUGAGAAGCUGGCAGUGGGGUGACGGUCUCUUCGAUGUUGCGUGGAGUGAAGCUAACGAACACGUCUUGGUGGCUGGAGGUGGAGACGGCAGCCUGCAGCUUUGGGACUCAGCCAAUCAGAACGCUCCGCUGAAAGUGGCCAAGGAGCACACACAGGAGGUUUACUCUGUGGACUGGAGUCAGACCAGAGCAGAGAACCUGAUCGCCUCCGGAUCCUGGGACCGCUCCGUUAAAGUGUGGGACCAGAACCUCGGCCGCUCCCUGGCCACGCUCAGGGGUCACGAAGGGGUCGUCUACAGCUCCAUCUGGUCUCCUCACAUCCCAGGAUGCAUUGCUUCAGCCUCAGGCGACGGGACGCUCAGAGUCUGGGAUGUGAAGGCCGCUGCGUGCCGAUUGGCUGUUCCUGCUCACAAAGCUGAGAUCCUGAGCUGCGAUUGGUGCAAAUACGACCAGAAUCUGGUGGCUACAGGAUCGGUGGACUGCAGCGUGUGUGUGUGGGACCUGAGGAACAUCACACAGCCCGUCAAUCAGCUGCUGGGACACAGCUACGCCAUCCGCAGGGUCAAGUUCUCCCCGUUCAGUCGGACCGUUCUGGCCUCCUGCUCCUACGACUUCACCGUCCGGUUCUGGGACUUCGGCAGACGUCUGCCUCUCCUGGACACAGUGGAGCAUCAUUCAGAGUUUGUCUGUGGAUUGGACUUCAACCUCCACAUCCCCCACCAGGUGGUGGAUUGUUCCUGGGACGAGACGGUGAAGAUCUACUCACCUUCCUGCCUCACUGCAGCAUCAUAACACACACACACAGAGACACACACAUCCUAACACACACACAGAGACACACACACCGCUGGGCAUCGUCAGGAUAGUGGGCGGUUCUUCCGGCUGGAUUUGAGCUCCUAUUGGCUGAUUGAACUCUGAGUUCAUCGUGAAGUAUAAUCAAAAAGUGUCUUAUGUAAAUGAUGUUUAUAAUGUAAUAAAUAUUUUCUUUAUCAUCCAGCCGUUUCAGCAGCAGAACCUCCAAACCGUUUGGUAACUAAACCCUAAAUCCAUUUAGGAUUCAGACAAACUGAAUAGUUUUUAUGUUUCUGUGCAAAUUGUGUGAUUGCAAGUGUCUCAGUGCUGCCCUCAGGGUUGCAUGGUGGUACUGCAACUGAAUUUUCCUAUUGGUUCCAGCGUUCCAGCCCUGUGAUUGGCUAUAAAACCCCCUCACUCUGACGCGCCCUCUGGUGGCGAGUCAGGAGGUGGAACAACGAACAGGGUGAGCGUUGAUCAGCAGCGUUGCCCUGUGAUUUAUUAGCAACGUUGACUGGAGCUGUUUGCUGCUGAACUCACUAGAUUUGUUUCUAGUCACGUUUUUGAAAAGUUAACAGAUUUGUUGUGAAUUACUUUUACUGCUUUACAGUGAGAUGGUGAAUUAAACUGACUACAUGGAGACAUUAUUAUUAUUAUUAUUAUUAUUAUUAUUGCCAUCAGUUUUCAAUGUUUUUGUUAAGAAAUAAAAACAUCCUCCAUA